UUUCAAUGAAUCGAGGCACUAUUCUGGUGCUCUGAGGGUCAAUGAUGUUGCUGCAAAGGAUAAUUCUUGAAGAAGUAGAUGACAUGCAAAGAAAAAGAACAUUUCUGAAGAGCCAACCAAAUUUCUAGCUGUUUUUUCUCUCGCGAUUAAUGGUUAGAAACAACGGCUGAAACUCGACAACACUCUUGUGCAGGGCUAUAUGUUUUGUGACAGAAAAUAUCAAAUAUCAAUCAACAAUUCGGUUGGAGGGAGAUUAAUGGACUUUUGAACUACUAGCUCCAUACUUGUUUCCCUUUCUGAUUCGGUUUGACUUUGAGCUGUAAUUUUAUGAUAGCAUUCAUCUUGAAGUUGUGUUGAACUUCCACUUCGACAUCUAUUUAUUUUUAUAGUCAUCGCUAUAAAUUCACCAGAUAUCGAAUAUUGCUACCAGACAUAAAAGACCUUGUCGUGUAGCCUCGCAGAUUUCGAGAGACGAGACCUGACUCCUGAAGUUCUAUCAGGUCAAGUUUCCUUCGGAAUUUUCUGAGUGCGAACGCGACAGGAGCUUUUGCUUUUCAUUUUCAUCUCCAAGUUUCAUCACGAUAACGAUAUAGACCUUGUUUUACAGCCGGAAAUCCGAUAAAGUCUCUGGCAAUAACGACCACGACAACGGCUAGCAGCAGCAGCGAAAGUUUAAUAUCGGCAUUGAUUUUCUGCUUCUCCUUUAGUCAUUACAUAACCAAAUUUUCCUCAGUAUCAAUCUAAGCUAUAUUCAUCCGCAAGUUGUACGCGAUAUUCAUAUUUCUUAUUCUUUAUUACGGGCGACCUAAACAAGGCGGCGGGUUUUUGUCGAUAGUUUCUUAUCGGCAUCAUCUUCGCCUUGGAAUAAAAGUAAAACCACGACGAGUUUAAUUUUCCUAAAAUUCUUGUGCAGUAUAAGAACCAACACUAUCUGUGAAGUGAUUUCUUUAGGAAUUUUUUCCAAGAACAGACUGAACGAGCUUGUUUGACGUUUGAUAGAUGAUCCUGCAUCGUUUCUUGGGUUACUAGAUAUUUGUGUAGCUUGUCAGCAGCGGCAGUGCCUGCAAAUGCACUAGCGGCCUCUAGAAAAUACAGAUAAGAUAUUUACUUGCUGCCCUAGUAGAAGCUCCACAACAAUGCUCCUCCGUCUUUCCCGCCCGUUGCACCGUGCGGCAGGCGCCGCGCAGCUGCAGCAGAACGCCAACCCGGCCAUCGUACGGAAAGGCAGCACGGGCCUGGCGCCAAACCAGCAGGCGGUGGACGGCAGGGAGAGGUUAGUCGUUCUCGGGUCCGGUUGGGCCGGGUACCCGUUUCUGCAGACGAUUGACACCAACCAGUAUCAGACCAUCAUCGUCUCACCGAGGAAUCACUUCCUCUUCACGCCCCUGCUCGCCAACGCGGCGACCGGCGGAAGCGACAUCGGGUCCAUUUGCCAGCCGGUAAGGACGCUUUGCGCGAACAAGCAGGCGCGGUUCUACGAGGCGAAAGCGGUGGCGCUGGACAAGCAGAAACAGAUCGUGCAGUGCAAGGCGCUGGAUGGGAGAACCUACCCGCUCAAGUACGACAAACUCGUCAUCGCCUGCGGGUUCCAGGCAAAUGACUUUGGGAUCAAGAACCUGCAAAAGCACGCCUUUUAUCCUGUUGGAAAAGCAUCGCACUAGUGGAUAUAUAGAAAUCGCAUGACAAAUUUUAUCAGCAUGACAAAUGGAAUUUGCAAUGCAGAUUCAUGUAAAGGAAGGGAUUUCUGAUACUGAUGCAUGACUGCAAUAUCAAUUAGUGCGUCGAUGCUUUUGAAAUGCAUACCUUUUUCAUGAAGGAGACCGCGGACGCCAGACGGGUACACGACCACGUGAUGUCCUGCUUCGAGGACGCAUCUAUCUACUGUAAAUUUCCCGUACACGUACAAAUGGAAAUGCUGUCUCUGCAUGAGAAAACUGGGCUUCGAUCCUAGGUUAGCAUGACAAGUGUUGCGCUCCAAAUGGCCCAUUUGAUGGGUGAAAUUUGUGAUGCAUCUUGUACACGUACGGGAAGCUUGUAUUGCAUAGCCUCCACGAUCAUCACACAAGAACCCGUGGACGACCGGCUGCUCAAACGCACCCUGUCCUUUGUCACGGUCGGCGCCGGGCCGACGGGGACGGAGUUUUGCGCCGAACUCGCGUCUUUCAUCAAAAACGACAUCGAGAAGCAGUACCCGUAUUUGGCAGAGUAUGCAAUACAAAUUUCCCGUACAUGUACAAGAUGCAUCACAAAUUUAUUCGCUAAUUUGGAGUGUACUAAACACUUGUCAUGCUAAACUAGGAUCGAGACCCAGAAGUUUUGUCAUUCAGAGACUGCAUUUGUGCGUGUACGGGAAAUUUCCUGUGGAUACAGAGCACUGGUCAGUGCACUUGAUCGAGGGGGGACCGAGAAUCUUGGGUCCGUUUCAGAACGAGCGGUUGCAGACCUACGGGUACCGACACUUGACGGAGACGCAGGGGGUAAGUUGUCUAAAAUGUUACACGCUUCUACAGAUUACACUCAGGCAUGACAAACUUCGCUUAGCAUGCAUUCUAAUAUGCAAUACAAAUUUCAAGAUUUCCGAAAAAAUCUCAGGUCCAAAUCCACCUGAAUUCCCCCGUCGACUCCGUCACCGCAAAUCGGAUCGACCUGAAAACCGGCCAGUCCAUCGACUUCUCCACGCUCGUUUGGUGUGCUGGCAUCAAGGCGCUGCCCUUCGUGCAGAAGCUGGCUUUGACGAAGAACGCCCGCGGAAAUCAGAUCUUGACCGAUGGCCAGCUGAAGGUGAAGGGGGAGGAACACAUCUACGCCAUGGGAGACUGUGCGACGAUCGAGGUAUUAUCAAUGUGAUAUACAACGACCACUAGAGUUGCUAAAGAUGACGAAUGUAGUUUUUUCUUGUCAUCAUGCAGGAAUGAAAUGACACUACACAUGCAGCUUGAUUUGCCUUGCAUAGGCUGCAAGACUAACUUUAUUUAUCAUCCAAAACUACAAUAUCAGGACUACCCGCUCCCCCAGACCGCACAGAUCGCGUCUCAGCAGGCGCUGUUCCUUGCCAAGUCGUUCAACAAGAAGUCGUCGAAAUCUCUCCGGUAUGCAUUGCAAAAGUAUCGUACUAGUAGUAAUUGCAAUACAAAUUCGCGCAGCAUGACAUAUGGAAUUUGUCGUGCUGAUUUGCCUCGGGAACAACGAGAUUUGUAAUUAUGCAUAAACGCAAUUACUACGAGUGCGACACUUUUGCGCUGCAUAUCCGCUUCCAGCACGUCGACCGCGGCAUGCUCGCCUACGUGGGCGGCACUUCUGCGUUGUACCGGGCCCCGAACCCCUUUCCGCAUUUGACCGGGAUGGUAGGGUACUUUACCUGGCGCAGCGCCUACUGGUCCAUGCAGUUGUCCAUGCGAAACCGCCUCCUCCUCGCCUCCGAUUGGAUGCAGCGGGCGGUCUUCGGUCGGGACUUGACACGGCUCGGCCUGGCGUCCGACCCGAUCAACGCCAGUCCAGACGCGUUGACCUCGAAAGUGGAAGAGAAGGAUUUCAUGAUGGCCAAAACGCACGGCGAAGGCCCGGAAGAGGACGAGGAGGAGGACCACAUUGCGGCGGUUGUGUCCAAGGCCAAACAGAACACGGAAACUGCAGCAACGAAUGGCGGCGUGGUCCGUCGCCGCCCGCAGCAGUCGGUGGCCAGUGCGUGAUAAAAAUGCCUGUGGUUUUGAGAAGUAGAGCACCAAAAAUGUUGAAAAAGUGAAAGUACUAGAACUUCUUCAAUUUCGAAGGUAGUAGAUUUUGGAUUUUGGGAACAAUAACGCAAGAAAUAAGUGCAACUCUGAUUGAAGACGCCACUUCGGUUUGCAACCUUCUUCGAGCUUUUUCUCUACCACUAGCUAGUACUCUCGAUCUGCUCUCCGCCUUCGUUUCUGGAUUUUGGUACCUUGUGAGUAGACUCUUGAUGCUUUAUUCCAGUGAGUAUGAUGAACAAAUGAUUCGCACAAACAAUUUUCCGCUCGUAGUUCUCGUCGCCUCUUGAUGUAGUCGCUAGAUUUAGUUCUGAUGUUGAAGGUAUAUUUGCGAUUCAUCCAAAUUUACUUCAACGGUACUUAUCAUGAAAACACUUCUGCAAUGACCUCUAGCUCUAUACGCAGCGGCAGCUACCAUCUUUCUGAUAAUUCUGUGUUGUGAUUAAAAGCGCAAUGAAAUGAAUUAUCGCAAACGAAUUUAAACAUGUGGUUUUAGGUUUUGCGCGGAGGUACAUAGUUUGUGCAAGAGCGCCAGUGAGCUAGAGCUACAGGAAAAUCCGUUGACAUCGUUGUUGAGCUAAGAUUUUUAUUUGGAGUUGAACAUCAAGAAGGAGGAGUUUAUUUUAUCGUAGACACGAUCCAUGUCAUGAUCUGCAGCACCAGCUACAAUCGCUUCUACAUGAACCAACUACAUUGCAAAAACUGUGCAGCACUUGACUUGCAUUGCUUCAUAAAAAAGGACUAGAAUUCCCACUUCAACCGUAACUAUUUUUGACUCAAAAAGUUGUACAUGUACACGACGCAAAAGAAAAACCAACCUUGCCAUCAUCUUCAUCUUUUUUUGAAAAAGAUUCCGACCAUUUUCAGAAGAGAACAAUGCAUAGCUUCUACUCACUGUUUUGAUCGACUUUGGGUUGCAAGAAACAACUUCCCAACUACAACCUGCUCGGGAAAUAGCAUAGAGCAAAGACUAUGAGCAUUGGCACAUCAUGUCGAUUUUUAGUUUGCAACAGGAAGCGUAGUUGUAGCGUAGACUGUCGUGUGUGGCUUUCUUCCAGCGUUUCGAGAGCCUGAUAAAUUCAGGUCUUUCAAGAAACGCAGGAAAAAAGAGCGCAUGCAAAAUUAUUCGUCAAAAUGCACCACGAUCAUCUUCCGCUUUGAAUUUUCCGCACAAAAUUUUCUUGGAAGAGGAUCCUGAUCAGCUUUUUUAAGUAACUCUCUUUGCAACACCGACACACUUAUUUCAAACCCGGGGUAACGACUACUUAACAAUUUUUUCAGCUGUCUUUACGAUGGAUUGCCGAGCUCGUUUGAUAUGAAAUUCUCAAGUGUUGAAAGUGACUUUUUUCCCAAUUUGUCCGAUUUGUUGAUAGUAAAUGCACCUGCUACCUUAUUAUGUUGAAAAUAAAUCAGAUGUGGAGAGCUUUGUCGGUAUGAAUUUUCCCAGGGCUGAUGUUGUUUGCACAGAACUCUGAACCUCCCACACAAAAACUACAUCCAAACUGUUUGUAUCCCAGUACCCUUUUCCCAUUUCACCUUCUAUUUUUUACCCUUUCCAUUUAUCCCCGAGGAGUGAUCAGAUCCUGAUACGACGAACCAAAUUUUCAGUAAACAAUUGCGCAAGGUUAACGUAAACUUUUCCUGUAACAGAAAAUUGUG